GGUAUCUAAAGGAAAACAAGAAAUCUCAUUCUACAGUAUUCCUGAGUUUGAAGAGUGGAAGUCUGAAACACCAAAUCACCAGUCCUGGAAGAUAAAGUACUAUAAGGGGUUGGGUACCAGUACUCCUAAAGAAGCCAAAGAAUACUUUGCUGACAUGGAGAGGCACAAGAUUGACUUUCACUAUGAAGGAGCACAUGAUGAUGAGUCUAUUGUKAUGGCUUUCAGCAAGAAGAAAAUUCAAGACAGAAAAGAUUGGCUGAGUCGUGGUAUGGAAGAAAGAAAGUGGAGGAGAGAGCAAGGGCUGUCUGAGGUCUACUUGUAUGAGAAGGAUACUAAGUCUGUCUCCUAUGCUGAUUUUAUCAAUAAGGAAUUAAUCCUAUUCUCUAACACUGAUAAUGAACGGUCUAUCCCCUCUCUGGUUGAUGGACUCAAACCAGGUCAGAGAAAAGUUCUAUUCACUUGCCUAAAGCGUAAUGAUAAGCGAGAAGUCAAAGUCGCUCAGUUAGCAGGUUCUAUUGCUGAAUUAUCAGCCUAUCAUCAUGGUGAAACUAGUCUAAUGGGAACAAUCAUCAACUUGGCUCAGAACUUUGUUGGUAGCAACAAUGURAAUCUUCUWCAACCUGUUGGCCAGUUUGGUACUCGAUUACAUGGUGGCAAAGAUGCAGCUAGCCCUCGUUACAUCUUCACAAUGCUCAGCCCGUUGACAACUCUAUUGUACAACCCACUAGACAACCCAUGUUUGAAGUGGUUGUUUGAUGAUAAUCAAAGAAUUGAACCAGAAUGGUACUGCCCUAUCCUACCUGUUGUAUUGAUGAAUGGYAUUGAAGGCAUUGGUACUGGAUAUAGUACUAAGAUACCUAACCAUGAUGUGAGAGAAAUUGCCAAGAACAUCAAGAGAAUGAUUGAGGGACAAGAGCCAGAGAAUAUGACACCAAGUUUCAAGAACUUCAAAGGAGAAAUUAUCCAGACAGAACCGUGUAAAUAUGUUACAAAGGGUAUCAUUGAAGUGCUAGAUUCUAAGACAUUGGAAAUCUCUGAGUUGCCUAUUCAUUCCUGGACACAGACCUACAAAGAGACUGUAUUAGAACCCAUGCUUCAUGGAACAGAGAAAGUGCAACCAUCURUUCUGGAUUAUAAAGAAUACCAUACUGACACAACCGUACGCUUUGUUAUCACCAUGUCUGAAGAUAAACUUGCUGAAGCAGAACAGCUUGGACUUCACAAAAAGUUUAAGCUAGAAAACAAUGUCAAUACUAGUAACAUGGUGAUGUUUGAUGCAUAUGGCUGCUUGAGGAAGUAUGAGAACACAACGGCCAUUCUCAAGGAGUUCUUCACUUUGCGUCUUCAACGAUAUGAGAUGCGCAAGGCUUACCUUGAGGGGAUGCUACAGGCUCAGUCUGAGAGACUCAAUAACCAGGCGAGAUUUAUCAUUGAGAAGAUUGAAGGAACCAUUGUUAUUGCGUGUUGAAGAGAUUGAAAGGGACGAAGAGAUGAUGGCUGGAAAAUCGAAAAAUGGUCGAGCUUUGAAACCAAAACCCAUCAAGAAAGCAGCUCAGUCUAAAACCACUAAGAAAGAAAAACCAAAGAAGAAAUYAGCAGAAGAUGAAGAUUACGAGCCAAAGGAGAAACCCAAAAAGAAACCAGUGGAAAGUGUUGUACUUGUAGAUAGCGAGCCAAAAGAAAAGCCUAUGUUGUCUCUCUCUGARCGGCUAGCUCUGAARAGAGCCGAAUCAACUUCGUCUUUGUCGAGCGUCUCGUCAGAAGCUUCUUUACCCAGCAAAAAGCAGACCACUAUGACAAGCUUCGUUAGCAGCAAACCCAAGAAAAACAGUCAUGGUUCUGAUAGUGAUGACCCUUUCGCAAUGGACUUUACCAGUACYGAUAGUGAUGAAAGUCUAAACAAAGCACCGCAAACAGCCAAGGGAAAGGGUAAACCAACUUCUAAAGUCCUACCAUUAGACUCCGAUGAAGAACUAGGUUCACUACUGGUAAAACAAGUUGCCGAAAAGAAAAAAGCUCCUGCUAAAGCAAAAACUACCAAAGCAGCCGCUAAAACAAAGCGUUCCAAUGUUACGGAUAGCGACUCUUCAGUGUCUGAAGUUGUCACUGCCAAAAAGACAACCAAAGCUCCUAAGAAAACAACAUCAAAAGCGAAAAAGUCAAACGAUUCCGAUAGUGAUUCAUCAUUGUCAGAAGCAAUCGCUCCUAAGAAAACGACAAAGGCRACGAAAAGAGCAGCAUCGAAAUCUGUUGCAAAGGCUAUGAACGAUUCAGACAGUGACUCCUCAAACGAGGUUGUUGGAGCCAAGAAGACGUCGAAAGCUAAAAACAAGCCAAAAAGUCCUCCUAAACGAAUGAAGAAAGCCAUAUCUAGUGACGAAGAUAGUGACGACAAUGGGCCUCUCCCCAGUCGCUCUCGACGUGGGACAGCAGCGGCGUCGAAAAAGUACGUUUUUAGUGAUUCAGAGGACGAGGUAGAGAAAGAAGAUAGCAAGGACUGGGGUCCAGAAGAUAGCGACAGCGAUUUUGAAUAGCCUUGAAAUAAGGCCACUUGUUAAGAUCGAUUUAAUUACCUCUUGUAUAUUCCCCAUAAAUGAACCAUGGUAUUGUUGAUAUAUGAUAUAUAUGUAAUUAAUAUUUUUAUAUGUACAUUGUAUAUUUGAAUUUUCUUCGAUCAAAAAUAUGGUCAGCCGAUAGUGCCAUAUUGUGUUUGGGCUAGAUACAAAGUACUUCAAUCAAAUGCAAUUCUGUUGUACUUUCAAAUCCUGAGCUUGGAAUUAAAUGUACAUCAUUUGCUUA